AAUUAUCUACUAACACUGUGCCAAACUAUUUUGCACACUAUUUAUCACGUGUUUAUUAAAUAUAUAUUUUCCUAUCAACCAUUUUCGAACAGACAGUCUUCAUUUAACACCGACAAUGAAUAAACGCAUAGUUCAAGGUGUUCAAUACUUUGUCAGUAACUGCACGAUACAUGGAUUGCGAUAUCUGGGCAACCGAUGUAACGUUCCAUCAAAGCUUUUUUGGCUUAGCAUGAUAACCUGCUCAUUUGCAACGAUGAUUCACAUUUUGCUGUACAUGGAGAAUGAUGAAACGGUUCAAAUUCACGUCGACACAUCAUAUCUACACUGGAACAACACGUUUCCGGCAGUCUCGAUUUGCUACACAAAAGGGCGGAGUUUGAAUUCGAUAAGUAAAUUUUUGGAUGAUUACUGGGUUAAAACAAACACAACGAAGCCGGCUAAGGCUGGAAAUUACUACCGGGUUGCGCAAAGUUACCUAUUCGUUAACCCAAACAGCAAUGUCGAAGUUCGGGGUGCUAUUUGUGAGGGCAUGAACGCAACAUGUAACUUGAAUCUGGAAACGAUGCAAAGUAUUUUUUUCCCACAAAAUUGUUCAGAAAUUUUCAUGGAUGUAAAGUUUCUGGGCAAACCUUAUAAUUGCGAUGAUUUUUUCGAGCGGUUUGAUACCGAAAUGGGCCCAUGCUUUGUUGCGAACAGUAUCUACUCCAAAAGUGCAGACAAAUCAUAUGAAAGACUUCCCAUGAAAUACACCACAGAUUGUCCAACGAGAACGUUUGAAUUCCGAUACAAGGAGAUAGAAGCAGUAAGUUUUAUGCUUUAUAUUCAUAGUUCCGAAGAGUUACCAUACCUUCUGAUGCCCUCUGUUCGAUUGAGAAAAUCAGGCGCAAACAUGCAUUAUUCACUGAGUACAAUUGAGAUUUUCAACUAUCCGGACGUCAAGUUUGAACCUAUCGAGAAGAGAGAGUGUCGAUUUCCGUUUGAGAACAUUUCCCAACAUUUGCCUCUCGAAAACAUUUAUCAAACUUUGGAGUACAGUUUCACUAACUGUUUCCUUACUAAGCGUAUCCAAAUAGAACUCGAGAAGUGCAACUGUACGUUACCGACAUCUCCAAAAGAGUAUAAGCAUAAAUAUUGCGACUUUAAUGGUCUCAUCUGUGUAUCUAAAGCCGACAUCUUAGGAUUGACGAAAAAGGUCCUGUUUAACGGAGAACAAAGCUGUAUCCAGUCAUGUUUGGAAAUGGAGAUUAAUUUGAUUGGUGAAAACACGAUAAAACUGCAGGAUGGAAAUGAUCCUGGCCUUGUACAACUUGAAGUGGUGAACGUUCCCACCAGCAGGUACGAGCGAAUUGUCGCUAAAGACAGUUUGGACUUUAUAGUUUCUCUAGGUGGAGUUGGAGGAUUAUUUUUCGGAAUAUCGCUACUAAGUUUAAUUGAAUCCAUGUAUCUAUUGUUACGCAAAUCCGUCUAAAAAAAAACAAAUAAAACGUCCUGUAGGCGCUUGUAUUCAUGAAAUUGAACUCGAAAUUUGUCCUUUUUAACAACUCAGUUUGAUGAGGAAAGUUUAAAAGUUGCGUAACAACAUAAGUGAAAAAGCCGUACUUCACCCUCUACUGCCCAAUUUUUUUUCGAAAACUUUUAUUCUUUUAUAUUUUUUUCUUCCAACUUCAAUCUAUCGACCACUUUAUCAGCUUAAUUCGUGUUUCUUGUUCUCCGUUUUCCCAAACAUUAGUCCUCCGAAUGUCUCAAGUUAUAAAACGUCCAUGGUAGAAGGGAAGAUGUUUCGAAAUUAAUAACGCCGAUGUGGUUAGUUAGACUGUCCAAAAUGUUCUGAUUUUAUUGUAAUCGAAAAGUCCCCCAGAGCCUCACACAUGAGGUACUGAGGUUUUGCUUACUGAGCAUUAAUCGAGCUACUUGCUUUAAUCGCGGCGAGGUAAACGAAGUUUAGCUUUGUUCGCAGUUUGGGUUACUGUUGUCGGCUGUGCUGACGAUGUUGGUGGCGUCGAUCAAUUAUGCGGAAAGCAAUUUCCGUAACUCUCAU